AUGGGUCACAUGUCCUGUGUGCGUACAGAAAGCUCUCUCCUUGUAUUUCAGAUCACGGGUCAGCUGUCUCCUCGUCUGUUCCGGAAGCUCCCCCCGCGUCUCUGCGUAUCUCUGCGCAAUAUUGUGGACGAGGAGUUCCUGCAGAAAGGACACAUCUUCCUGGGCUUCUCCAAGUGUGGCCGCUUUGUGUUGUCCUACACCAGCGAUGUCCUGGACGACGACUUCUCCUUCUACUCCUAUCACCUGUACUGGUGGCAGUUCCAGGGGCACAGCAAGCUGCGUCUGGUACAGCAGGUUCGUCUCUUCCAGGAUGAGGAAAUCUACAGUGAACUCUUUCUGACUGUGUGCGAGUGGCCCAGUGACAGCUCCAAGGUCAUUGUGUUUGGCUUCAACACUUCUGGCAACGGGAUGAUAAUGAACAUGAUGAGCGAUGAGAAUCACCGAGAUAUUUACAUCAGCACUGUGUCCGCGCCUCCAACGUCACCCUGUGUAGACUGCCGGCAGUCUUCAUCUGGUCCUUGUUUGAUGCAUAGCUUCAUGCUGCAUACAAAGUAUCAGGUGGUCUAUCCAUUCCCCACCUUCCAGCCGGCCUUCCAGCUGAAGAAAGAUCAGGUUAUGUUGCUGAAUACCAGCUAUUCCCUGGUGGCCUGCGCCAUAAGUGUACACCCGGCAGGUGACCAGGAACCCAACCGUAUCCUGUACAGCAAACAGAGCCGACACAACACCUCCCCUAACUCCUCCCCUUCUUCAGUCAGCCCUUGCACCCCUACUUCCAGCAACCAGUCCCCUAAUGCACCCGACCCCAGUUCCCCUCCUCCUCCUGGAACUCCUCCCGCCGUCACUCGCGCACGUGAGUUUGUAGCCGGGAUAUUCCGGCGGGCUCGGGAGGCUUCAGGCGUAGAGCACCUGGACAAGGGAGAGAAGGCCGGGCCCAGCCGACAGAGCCCUUCACAGCCCGCCGAACCCGACUCCCCCAUAUGGCACCGGCCUGUCGGUGAAGACUCAGCGCGACCGACCAAACGCAGCGAGGAACCCAGCUACGUCAACUACACAAGACUGCGAUACGUCCUUGGGGAGGUGACGGAGAUCGACCGAGAGAGCGAAUAUGAAGAUGACAAGAUGGGUCUGCCUUUCCUGGUCACCGAUCUGAAGGGCCAGCACCUAAAGCCUCUGAAUGACAGGGCCUCUUUCCAGGGCCAACAUCUCUGUGUGGAGCAGCUGACGCUGGACUUUGAGUACGUCAUAAACGAGGUCAUACGCCAUGAUGCGUCGUGGUUCCCGCAGUUCUGCUCCUUUAGUGACUAUGAUAUUGUCAUCCUGGAGAUGUGUCCAGAGACCAAUAAGGUGAUCAUGAACAUUGGCCUGUUACUCCUGGCUUUUCCCCCUCCUCAGGAGGACACUCAGCUCAGGCCGAAGACUUAUCACACAAGUCUGAAAGUGGCCUGGGACCUGGACACGGGUGUCUUCAGCACGCUGAGUGUAGAUGACCUCACUGAGGUCAAAGGCCAAACCAGCGGCAGUGUCUGGAGCUCGUACCGGAAAAGUUGCGUAGACACCGUUAUGAAAUGGUUGGUCCCAGAAAACAGCGUGCGCUUCGUGCAUCGUAUGACUAACGAGGCCCUGCAUAAAGGCUGCUCGCUGAAGGUUUUGGCUGACAGCGUUCGCUACACGUGGAUCGUGCUGUAAUCCGACUUCUCCAGAGACCUGAACACUACCUCAGCACACGCGUCUCUGCGCACCCGGAUAAAGGGAUCCCGUCGGUGAAGCUUCAUAGCAGUCCUGUGUUGUUGUGCUGCCAUCUAGUGGCCACUUCUGGCAGGAUUGGGGCCCCCUGCCACACCUAUUAUGAAGAAAGGUACCGUGUCCUGUAGCAGGACAGACGGACUUGUGUCUUUAGAGGUUCUGUGGCAUUCCCCGCUGAGGUGAGCAGCGUUCCUCUUGCCGCAGAGAACGGAUCACCGCAGCAUCCAUUUUAACUUUUUGUUCUUUUUGUCUGUUCGGACAGGAGCAGCCAUUUCUCAUGAGCAUGUGUAUGUAAUUGUGUAUAUACCGUGUAUCCUCCUAGGCCUUGGUUUUUUGUUUUUCACUCUCUGUAACUGUUCAUUUUUGUGAAAAUAAAUCAGUAUUUCAGUUU